AUGCCAUUCUCCCACCACAGCCACUCGGGCCAAUUCUGCCCUGGCCACGCGCAGAACACCCUCGAGGAAGUCAUUCUGACUGCAAUCAACAAGAAAAUGCAAGUCUUCUGCCUCACAGAGCACAUGCCCCGACACAAAGAAGACUUCUACCCCGAAGAGAUCGAAGCCGGUCAAACAGAAGCCUGGCACGAAACCAACGAAGCCGCUUACUGGGAAGAAGCCCAACGGCUCCGCACAAAAUACGCCUCUCAAAUCAACAUCAUCGUCGGUUUCGAAUGCGACUGGAUCCGACCCGAAUCUAAGCAUCUUAUCAACCGCUCAUUGUCCCGAUUCCCCUUUGAGUUCUUUAUUGGCUCCGUCCACCAUAUGCAUACCGUACCAAUCGACUUUGAUCGGCCGAUGUACGAGCGCGCAAGGGAACUCGCAGGCGGCACUGAUGAGCGCUUAUUUGAGGACUAUUUUGAUGCACAGCUCGAUAUGCUAAGGGACUUGAAGCCGUUGGUCGUGGGGCAUUUUGAUCUUAUUCGGCUUAAGAGUGAUGAUAUGGAGCGCAGUUUUACGACAUGGCCUGGAGUGUGGAGUCGGAUUUUGCGAAAUUUGGACUUUAUAGCUUCCUAUGGGGGUAUGAUUGAACUGAAUGGAGCUGCAUUGAGGAAGGGGAUGAGUGAACCGUAUCCCAAGGCCGAGAUUUGCAAGGAAUUUUUGGCACGUGGAGGUCGCUUCUGUCUUUCCGAUGACAGUCAUGGCGUUGACCAGAUCAGUUUGAACUUCCACCGAGUACUGGAGUUCUUGGAUCGCACGGGCAUCCCGGAGCUGCACUACCUGCAGUUGACGGAUGCACCGACUCAGUCCACUGCACCCGAUGCGCGCUUUCCGCGAACACAGAUCGCUUCAGUCUCUCUGGAGGACCUGAAGAAGAUGGAAUUCUGGAGCACUGUAUAG